AUGGAGUUAGGCAGAAAUAAUUGCGAGACUCAAAAUAAUAUGUCUAAGUCGCAGCAAGAAGAAGAGAACAAAGAGCAGGAUGAAACAAAGACGAAGAAGCUUGGAGGGAUCAAAACAAUGCCGUUCAUUCUUGCAAAUGAAGUUUGUGAUAGAUUUGCAACAAGUGGUUUCAACGCCAACAUGAUAACAUACCUAACCCAAGUGCUGAAUUUGCCGUUAGUGCAAGCCUCCAACACUCUAACUAACUUCAGCGGAACCUCCAGCCUUACUCCGAUCAUUGGUGCUCUCAUCGCUGACUCUUUUGCUGGCAGGUUUUGGACCAUCAUCGUUGGCUGCAUUCUCUACUCUUUGGGACUACUUUCUAUAACUUUGUCAGCAACUGUCCAGUCGCUGCAGCCUCCGCCAUGUCCAACACAACAGAACUGCACGGAAGCCUCAACAUUGCAGCUAUGGAUCCUCUACAUCUCACUCCUCCUCACCUCUCUUGGCUCAGGAGGCAUAAGGCCUUGUGUAAUCACCUUCGCAGCGGAUCAGUUUGACAUGAAAAAGUCGACUGUUUUAUCUCGAAAAUGGAACUUCUUCAACUGGUACUCCUUCUGUAUGGGAAUGGCGAAACUCACUGCCUUAACCGUUGUUGUUUAUAUACAAGAUAACGUGGGGUGGAGCUGGGGUUUCGGUAUUCCAGCCAUGGCCAUGGGCUUGUCGGUUCUGGCAUUUGUUGUUGGGUCAUCUCUUUAUGUGAAAUUGAAGCCUGGGGGGAGCCCCUUGACAAGAUUGGCUCAAGUGAUUGUUGCAGCGGUGAAGAAGAGGAAAGCUGUGGUACCUGAAGAUCCCAAGCUCUUGUACCGAAAUAAGGAUCUUGAUUCAGCCAUUUCUGUGCAGGGAACUCUUUUGCAUACUGACCAGCUCAAGUUUUUUGAUAAAGCGGCCAUAAUAACAGAAGGUGAAGCAGGAAAUUCCAAUCAUCCACCAAACCUGUGGAGGCUAGCCACAGUCCAUCGAGUUGAAGAGCUAAAAUCCAUCAUUCGAAUGCUGCCAAUUUCGGCAGCAGGAAUUUUACUAGUCACAGCCUCAUCACAUCAACACAGCUUCACCAUCCAACAAGCUCGAACAAUGGAUUGUAAAAUAACUCGCUCCUUCAAAUUCCCACCGGCUAGCUUAUCAAUCUUUGACAACAUAACCAUGCUAAUAGGGAUCGUUUUAUACGAACGAAUAUUUGUUCCAUUCGCUCGUAGAUUCACCAAAAACCCUGCAGGCAUCACCUCCCUGCAAAGAAUGGGCGUCGGCUUCACAGUUAACAUUCUAGCCACUCUUGUUGCUUCACUUGUAGAGAUCAAAAGAAAACAAGUUGCCGCCAAAUAUAACAUGUUGGAUGACCCAAAAGCAACCAUCCCAAUUAGUGUUUUCUGGUUGGUUCCUCAGUUUUGCCUUCAUGGAUUAGCUGACGUUUUCAUGUCUGUAGGGCACUUGGAAUUUCUCUACGAUCAGUCACCAGAAAGCAUGAGAAGCACAGCUGCAGCGCUUUACUGGAUAGCAAUAUCAAUUGGGAAUUAUGUUGGGACAUUGGUGGUGUCCCUUGUUCAUAGGUACACAGGAAAGAAAAACAAUUGGUUGCCUGAUAGAAAAUUGAAUAGGGGAAGAUUGGAAUAUUACUAUUGGCUUGUUAGCGGUGUUCAAGUGUUGAAUCUUGUCUACUAUGUAACAUGUGCUUGGUUGUAUACUUACAAGCCACUGGAAGAAGAAGGUGGAAACGGUGAGGAAGAAGAUAGCAAAGUUGUUGAUCAGGGAAAAGAAAUCCCGUCUAAUAGAUUGAAUGAAGCGAACGGAGAGGUGGAGCUUGCAAGAAAUGAAGCUGUCAAGAAUUGUUAAAUUGUUAAGCAAGGGAUUUCUUUUAUUGUACAAGAUUACAAAAUAAAACAAAUUUAAGGAAUUAAUCUAGUAAGUUUUUUUUUUAUUUUCUCAAAGUUCUAACAUCUUUACCAACAUCUAUUUAAGGUACAUUCAUAAAUCGCUUAACA